AGGAGAGUACAGUAGAAGAAGUUGAAAUUACUGGUGUUUUGUUCAUUAGGAGGAAGGAGUUGCUCAGAAUAAACGUCCAUCGAAACAACUGCAACACAGGAUGCAUCCACUCGCCCUCCUCUGUGUAAUUGUGACAGUCUCUGUCACCUGGGCCCGGCCUCACCUCCCUCUGCUCUCCUCAGAGAUGAUCGACUUUAUUAACAAGGCCAACACCACUUGGACGGCUGGGCAGAACUUCCAUAAUGUUGAUAUCAGCUAUGUGAAGGGACUAUGUGGGACUAUACUGAAGGGACCCAAGCUUCCAGAGGUGGUUCACAAUAUUGAAGGCAUAAAGCUUCCAGACAGCUUUGACCCACGCCAGCAGUGGCCCAACUGUCCCACAAUCCAACAGAUCAGAGAUCAAGGAUCCUGUGGGUCCUGCUGGGCCUUUGGGGCAGCUGAGGCGAUAUCUGACAGGUUGUGUAUACACAACGGUGGUAAGAUCUCUUUGGAGAUCUCCGCUGAAGAUCUACUGUCCUGCUGUGAUGAAUGUGGCAUGGGCUGCUUUGGUGGUUUUCCCUCUGCUGCCUGGGAGUUCUGGGCAAAGAAAGGGCUUGUGACAGGAGGCCUGUAUGGCUCCAAAGUCGGCUGCCGACCCUACAGCAUCGCUCCCUGUGAGCAUCACGUAAAUGGUACUCGUCCUCCGUGUCAGGGUGAACAGGACACUCCAAAGUGUGAGGAGCAGUGCAUUGAUGGAUACUCACCAUCCUAUCAGAAGGACAAACACUUUGGUAGACGCACGUACAAUGUCCCGUCCCAGCAGGAGCAAAUCAUGACCGAGCUGUACAAGAACGGGCCUGUGGAGGCAGCUUUCUCUGUAUAUGCAGAUUUUCUGCAGUACAAGACUGGUGUGUACCAGCAUGUGACAGGGGAGAUGCUGGGUGGUCAUGCCAUCAAGCUCCUCGGCUGGGGAGAGGAGAAUGGGACGCCCUACUGGCUGGCUGCGAACUCCUGGAACAGUGACUGGGGAGAUAAAGGUUUCUUCAAGAUCAAGCGUGGAACUGAUGAGUGUGGCAUUGAGUCAGAGGUGGUUACAGGAAUCCCACUCUAGCUUAAAUGAGUCCUUGGUUGCAAACGAUCAUCAAAUAAAGUCAAUUAAGAAAGAUUAAAAUUGAGAUUUUAUAAUAGAGAUUUCAUGUAACCAAAAGGGAAUAAAUUGCACAACAUGGUGAAA